CUCUCUCUCUCUCUCUCUCUUCUUCUCUCUCGUAAUGCUUCUCUGUGUUUAUAGAGGACUUCUCUGUACCUUCUUCGAUCCCAUAUUUUAAACAGCACAACUCUCUCUCUCUUCUCUUUCUCUCUCUACUGCAUGUCUCGUCAUCCAUUUCACACAGUACACACAAAAACACGCACAUGGAUUUCUCUCCAGUCUAUUGUACUUUAUGCGCAUAAAAAAGCUGAUAGUUUGGUAGCAAAGUCCAAACCGCUUGAAGAAACUAUGGAAGAGGUUAGAAGCUUUCCCCCACGAAUUAAUGGCUUCUGAAAAAAGGAAUAUUCUUCGCAGAAAAUCCCUAACCAGAUCUACCGCUCUCCGCCGCCGCCGCGCUCCUCUGUGUUUUCAAUUUCGGUUUCGCGAUCUGAUUUAGGUAUCUGAAGGCACGUGCGCGCCGCUGCAGGAGGGUUGAGAUUUUUUUUUUUUGGAAAAAAAAAAUUAGGGCUUUCUAAUUUUUUUUUUUAAUUUCAUUUUUAUUCGGAAGAGAGAGAAUCCCUUUUUUUCAUUUUGGUGGUUUCUGUAUGGGGAGUUGUGAAGAGGAGGCCAACAAUGGCAUUGACCCGACGGUGGGUGGGUUGGUUUGGGUCCGCCGCAGAAACGGGUCGUGGUGGCCGGGUCGGAUUCUUGGGCCGGAUGAACUCCCUGAGGGGUGUGUGCCUACACCGAGAUCAGGAACCCCUGUUAAGCUCCUUGGCAGAGAAGAUGCUAGUGUUGACUGGUACAAUCUGGAGAAAUCGAAACGAGUGAAAGCUUUUCGCUGUGGCGAAUAUGAUGACUGCAUCGAAAAAGCAAAGGCGUGCGCUUCUUCUCUUCCCUCGAAGAAGGCAGUUAAAUACGCUCGAAGAGAAGACGCCAUUCUUCACGCACUCACUAUUGAAAAUGCCCGUCUCGGAAAAGACACGCAGAACGAGCAGCAAGAACACCACCCGAACGAAGAUUCACCGCCUUCUUCAUUACAACAUCCUAAUCAAGAAAGCAAAGCCAUAGACAAUGCUUCGAGCAGCAGAUCAGAAGUCGAAUCGGAUUCGGGCCCGGAUCUGGCCCGUUCCGGAGUCUCGUUCGAGGAUCCGGGUCAAGUCGACCGGGUUGAAAACGGGUCGAAGCGGUGGAGAACUCCGAACGAUUCUGAGGAAGACGGGACCGAAGGAGUGAAGAAGCGAAUGAGAGGGCUCGAAGACUUGGGAAUGAAUGUGAAGACAUCAUCUAAAGUUGGCCAUGCUAAUGAGUUCUUGAAUAAAAGGAAGAAUCGAAGACGAGCUUUGGCCAAAGUGUUGGAGUCUACACCUGCAGUGUGUGUUCCCGUUUCUUGCGAGGAGCUAUCCAGUCCAAAUGAGAGCAAGGUUUCUGGAUUGGAAUCGAAGCAAUCAAAUAUUAAUGGCUCAUUAGUGAUGAACAAUAACUCAGAUAGUACUACUGGAGUUUCGUACGAGAAUGGAUUAUCGCUGAAUAUAUCUACGCACGAAGAAGAUGCUUCCCUCGUAUCAAAAUCGAGGGAGAAUGAGAUUUCGAGCAUGCCUGAAAUUCCCGAGAAUGAAUCUUCCGGAAGGUUGUUCGAUGUGCCUCUUUUAGCUGAAGACAAGCACUUUACGAAAGGUUUAUCAUUGGGAAACGAGGAGCACAAUGAGACGUGUUCGACUAGCUCCGAUUUCCAUAAUAACCUCAGCCAGAAGUUAGAGAAAUCCACUUCCGAAUGGCAGUUAAAAGGGAAGAGAAAUUCGAGGCCGAGGAAAAUCGAAGUUGACAACGAGGCUCAAACACUUUUGGCGGCAACAGCCAUUAGUGGGGACCACCACUUUCUUACAGGCUCGAGCCCAAAUAGCGGGCCCCACAAAAUCGAGGCCGAGGAAUUUCGUGGAUGGAGCUGGAACGCCCCUCGUGGGGAUUCCCAGAGACCUCUACCGUACCGUCAGUCCCGUUUCACGGUCAACCCAAAGUACGACUCCUCUGACUUUUCUCUCGGCCCCCACCACAGCAAUGCUGCCGGGGCCGCCUUGUAUGAAGUCAAAGUCAGUGUGGAGGUCAAGACCGGGGGCUCCAAUCGUCCGCAGCACGUACCUUAUAUUUCACUCAUGAGCAAGUCGAAUGGCCGGCCGAUCGUGGGCCACCCCCUCUCGAUCGAGGUUUUGAGUGACGGUCAUAUCCUCGAGUGUUACAGCAGCAGCUCCGAGCCUGCGCGCAGCAACCUUAAAUAUGUAUCCGGUUCUCGAGGUGGUGCUGACGUGGCAUGUGGAAGGAAGCCACGUGGCAGCCCAGCCGUUAGGAGUCGCUCUUUGGCAAAAUCUCGAAAAUCAAAACGGAACGGACUGUUGUCGAAGAAGAUCCGGAAGCUGUCCUCGCUGAGUGGGCCCCACGGAGAAAGCCAUCAACAGUAUAAGACAAAAACGGGUGUGGAGAAGGUGUCGAAGGGUCCUUCGGUAGCUUGUGUUCCGCUUAAUGUGGUAUUCAGUCGGAUUAACGCUGCGUUAAACAGCUCGAUCAGACAUGCUCCUCGUUUUUCUUGAGUUGUUUCUUUGGUCAAAAUGAAAGUAUAAUCGGUUUUACCGGCACUGUGAAUUCUGUCCUGAAGGUAAAAGAAAAAGGCUUUUGUAAAUGAUAAGUACUUUUGACAAUUUACUAUGGAAGUGUUACUGAGCAUUAAUCUGAUAUUAAGCUGCUGCUUUGGAUGUAUAUAUACAAUACUGUAAAAUUUAGUUCAGACUUUUGAUAAUCUGAUAAUGAACUUUGUU